UGCAUCAUUAUAUAAGACUUAGCUAUUGCUACUACGGUUCAUUUUUCCCUAUGAUGGAAUCCAAUAAUUGUGCAAUGCUGGGUAAACAAUAAUUAUUAAAGCUAAAUUAUAAUUAAAUUAUCUUGAAAUUGAAAGGAGGGAAUAUUUUCAGUAUACCAUCUGGAAAAUUAAUUCAAGGGUUUGUGUGCCUAGUUUGGUCUAGCUGCUAGCUCUAUAGUCUAUACUAAUACUAGAGAAGAAAUAACUGAAACUUUACACACUUAUUCACUUACUUAUCUACACUCUUACUUACAGUAGUGUAGUCUUACAGUGACUGCUACAGUUUACAGGCUGCUGAUUCAGUGAAAGUAUUGACUGCUUCUAGUCUUCCAGCUUAUAUUUAAAUAGGGUAUCAUGAGCUUCAGUUUAGAGAAACUUGAAACACUGAACUGACCAUCAUUGGAAGGGAAAGGAUGAUUUUUGAAAACAACCAACUCAGCUAUACUAUACAGCUAAUUUGUGGGGGGGAGACAAUCGUGACAAUUUUUUUUCCGAAAUUGAACAAAUUAUUUGUUGCAUAGAUUAUUGACUAGCAUAAAAUCUAUAAAAUCAAAGUAUGUUUUUUUAUUUUAAAUAAUUACUCUUGUCCUUGUGUAUAGGUUUGCUGCGGCUAUUUGGACCCGGUAUCAGAAGUGAGAGGUUGAGUUAAUUAAAAUAUUAUUGUUGGGUUUGUAAGAUAAAAUUUGGUAUAGAAUGAAAGAUAAUUGAAUGGACUAUAUGUUUGUAAACCUAAUUCUUCAGUUUAACUAAAAUAAAUUACCACAAAUGACAUCCGAAAGCAUUUGGUAUAAUUAUAAUGAGACCUGGGCCCGAAUAGUGGCAAUGCGUAUCCGGUUCCAUUUUGACUGGUAGCCGGGUCCGAAUAGCCACUUUGGUACAGGAUUGUGCCAAGUAAAAGCUGUGCUUGGUGCAGUCUGAAAAUGAACCCCCUCAAUUUAUAGUAAAAUGUGGGGCAGACCAGCAAAAAGAUGAUUUUUGGCAACCCUGGGGGUUUGUGAAGUAAAUGGAUUUUUACUGUUCAAUUCACUAUUAAGGUGCUAUAUCUUAAGACUAUUUUGGCAUCUUUCUGAUGUUGACUCCCAGAAUGAGUGCUCCCUUGACACUCCCUUUCCCUAAGGCCCUGGCUGUAACUUUCAUUUUGAGUUAAGCAAGAAUACCAUAAGUAAAGGAAAAAUAUUAUUUCAAAGGUCCAAACAACACAACAUCUUAUCUAGACACUUUAUUUUAUAAUUCACCAGAAAAUGACAGAGCAUUUUUAGAUCCAAUCAAUUUACACCAGUGGCAGCUCAUUUUCAGCCUGACUAAUUUCCUUAGAUAACAAAGCCUAAGGGUGGCAUCAAAAUAAGUCAUGGAAAUUAGAUCUAGUUUUUAAACUUUUAACGAGAUUAUUGAACUGAGCCUAGAAUUAAACUGCACUUAUAUUUUUAUUCAUGAAAGGCAGCUCUGAGUCCGCCUUUCAUGUUCUAACCUUCGCAGCUGAAUUUUUUUAUUUUUACUUCCACUAUUUAAUUUUAACAUGUUCUUUUUUGCUCAUAAUUAUAAGCUAACAGAUUUGUUUCUUUCUUGUACCGGGUAUGCUUAUAUUUUUUACAGCUGUAAUUUACUUAAAACGAUUAAAUUAUUUUCUGUCAUCACUCCAGACAACUUUUACUGUUAUCACUCCAGACAACUUUUACUGUUAUCACUCCAGACAACUGUUGUUCUUACACCAACCUUAGAUGUCAACCAGGCUAGUUUUGUUGGCUUGUAGAAUUUAGUAUUUUUUUCAGUUCCAAUGUUGGAUAAGGGUAAAAACAAUUGUGCAAACACCCUCCCCCCCCCCCCCUCUUUUUUUUUUGAAUCCCUCCCCCAGAAAAACCAUUUCUUUUCAUUUAGCAGUGACCGAAAAUGGUGCUCCUAAAAAGUGUCUUCAACCCUUCUUACAUUAAUGUAUGAUUCAAAUUAUAAACAAUGUUAUUGUUAUGUUAAAAAAUUAGAUUUUUAUUUGUUUUUCAAUAGUAAGGAACUUAGAGAAGAAGAAAAAAUAACACCUUAAUAGUGAAUUGAACAGUUAUUCAAAUAAACAUAUACUGGUAUAAAAUUUAUGAUUUGCAUGAUGAUUGGCCGUCAUGAAGACUUGUGGGUUAAAAUAUUUUUCACUUUGAGAGAGUCACUAUAGUCAAAUAUUCAGCUAUUCACUGCAAUUUAAAAUAAUUUCUUUUAAUUUUUUUCCACAUCAUAACUUUUAGCUUAAUUAUCCUAGGCCCCCUGCGCGACGGGCAUGGCUCUACUGUGAUAGCAUUAUGUUAAAUAAUUUAUUAUAAUGCUGUUAUAGAUAUAGUUUAUAUGUUAUGGCCUGUAACAAUUAUGGCUUUUUUAACUCAGUGCCUUUCAGUGCAAUUCACUGCACAUUUUGAAAUUUGGGUACCCGGUACCACUGUUAUGUUAUAGACAUUCUCUCUUUGUGAGACCAACAACAAAAUAUCUACCAAUGGCAAUAAUUUUCUUAAUUGACUUAUAUUAUGAUAAUGGUAUUGGUAAUGACUAAUUUAACAGAAAUCUUUCACACAUAUGUUAUUCUUAACCAAUAAUAGUAGGCCUAUAUUGACUAUAGAAUUCUCCUGUUAAUUUUGUAGUUUCCUUAGUGGAGCCAAACUCAUGUCCAUUAGGUGUUCAACUGGUCAACUGUCAAAGGACAAAUAAGACAUCAGAUUCAUCAGACUUGGUGGAACUAGCUAGAGCAGUACAGAAGGUAAGGUACAGUAAAUCUGGCUCCAUUGUGAGUGGUGAUGUAUAUGUGUUUUUUAAUAUUGUGAAAAUGAUAAUAGGUUCCAUUUUAAUAUUGGUUUCAUUAUGCUUAUUGUGUCGUGUAUCCUCGCAUCAAUCUUAACUGUGGAAGAAAAAGAAAAUGUUGAUGAUGAAAGUGUAGUAGGUUUGCCCUAGAACUAUUUGGAAGUUUAUUCUGGUUCACGAGAUCGCCCUAAGUAUGUUAAAUCGUUAUUGUCUUCACAAAAAGUUGAUGCCUAACAAAAGUUAUUGAAUAUGAAGACUCAAAAAAUAGUUUAGAAUCAACAGUCCAUUUUUUUUUUACAUUAUUCAAAAAAAAAGUUUUACACCCACAGAAAUUAAAAACACAAUCUUGUUAAUGCUGUAACAUUAGAUGACACCCUAUUUGUGUGUGUGCUGAUGUCACUGGUCAGCUUAUAAUUUAAUGAUAUCAACACAUCAUUUUUAUAUAUAUAUUUUUAAUAAAACUUAUAGGCUGAUGAAUUCACCAAAGCCAAUGCAGGCAGCAAACUCAAAGUCAUAGCAGAUCAGAUUCGUCAUCUCCAGAAUCAAGCACGGAAGGUAUGUUUUUCAAAAGGGAUAUGGUUAAAUGACAUGACACUUUUAUUGAAUUUUCAGCUUUUGGUAAAUAGUUGGAGAAUCAUUGGAAAUAAACUUGCAGAAAUGAAUAACUAAAAUUCUUUUUGCUAUUUUUGUCUAAUCAGAUAUUAGACUGCAGUUCAGACUAAUCAUUAAGCUCCUUAUUAUUUCUUAUUGACAUGUUUGAUGGGAGUACAAAGAUACAUUUAAGUUACUGUAUCAUGUCUAAUGGAUGGAGGAUUUUUAACUUUGGGGGUGAGGGCUUCAGGGUGUCACUCAUUACCCAGAGACCUUUUUGGAUUAUAUGCAAUGUAAUAAAUGUAGAGGACUGACAUGCUUUCAUUGUCCUAAUAUUGUCUGACAGUUUCACAAGUCCUAAUUAAUUUUAAGUUUUGUUUAAUAUUUUUCUAAACACUAUUUAGUGAUUAAGUCAUUUCAGGAAAGGGGUUGGGGGUGGGGGGGGGGCUUUGUCACCUGGCCCCUCUUGACCUAUGCUGUAGGAUGCCAUGAAUCUUUGGUUCUUAUGUUUUUAUAAAAUUGGGGGAAACUUUUUAAUGUUUUGCAUCAAGUUUUAACAAAUGACAUGAACUAUAUACUCCGACUUUUGAAUAGUAAAAUCCAAAAAUGUUUAACAAAUGCACUCCCUACCUGCAGAUGUAUUGCAUAUUUUGUGCUUCACUAUAUUGAUUUUCUUAUUCUCUUAGUUCCACCUUAAAAGUAGCAUUUUUUUGGUUCUUAUUUUAUAGUUAAGUUUGUAUCCAUACAGGUUUUAGAAGAAGCCAAACGUAAUGCCUCACUCCAUCAUGCAGCUUGUAAUCUGGUGAAGAGACCUGGGACAAUGUACUACCUGUAUGAACGUGAAUCAGGACAAAGCUACCUCAGUAUAUUGUCACCACAGGUGUGUAUAAGUAGAUGGCAGUUUCAAGAAUAUCACAUCUGCACGGUUGCUUAGUCCCUGUGCUGAUUCUCACAAUAUGCUACAAGAUUAUUCUUUAAUUAAUUGGUGACUCUAAAAUAUAAUUUUAAGAAAUAAAAUAAAAUAAGAUUUUUUUCAAAAAGCUAAUCAGCUUAAUGUAUCAAUAAUUUUUAAUAAUGUUAAUAAUAGUUAACUAAUAGUAAUAUUAAUAUAAUAAUACACAAGAAAAAUUUAAGAAGAGAAAAUUUGGCACAACAUUUUACAGUCUUACAAGUAAAACUGAGGUUAUUCUUAUGCAGGUUCCUGUUAAGCUAAAUAGUAAUGCUGAAGACUUUUCAUUAUCGGUACAUAGUUUUUCUCUAUUAAAUUUAUAUCCCAUUUUUGUACCAGUAUUCUUAAAUUUUGUUCUUUAAUCUGCUUAAACUUAAGUCAUCAACAAACCCUAUAAAAAGAAUCAGUUUGCUUUUUAUGGCGUUAUUGACAGUUUAUGACCACAAGGUGUUUAGAGUAAAAAGUAACAUAUAUUAACAUUACACUUACACCCCCAUUGGAAAAAAUAAAAAUGGUAAACUCAAUAAGUUUGUUAAGUAAGAUGAUAUUAAUUUCACCACAUUAUUAUAAAUUUAAAUAAAGGCAUCUAUAUUACUACAGCUGGCAUAAUUACGUGGAGUUAUGUCUUAUUACAUCUAAAUUGCUAUCAAAUUUAUCACCGAGUCCAUUUUAACAAAAUUACUAUUGAUCAGCAUAAAAAAUUGAACAUCUGACAAAAAUUCUAAUUUAAACAAGCUAUUUUCAUUUAACAUUUGUGAUCUACACAUUUAGAAAUGAGCUAAACAUGCUAGGAUGUGCGCAACAAAAGAGAGAUUAUUCAUAUAAAUUUUCUUGUUGAUUUGUUAUAAAAUGUUAAAAUCAGUCGCCAUUGCUUGGCACUGCGUGGUUGUUAGGUCUUAAUACCCAGUUGCUAAAUGGUUUUGAUUCAACCAUGAUAGGGAAUUCUAAUUGUCUGUUAAAUGUUGUUCCAUCUGAGAGAGGAAGUAACGUCCACUGUGCAAGCUAAUGGUUUCCCAUCAUUUGUAUUGAAUGAAUCUCAGAACGAAACGAAGCCGAACUAAAACUAAAUAAGAUUCCUGCCUGUGUAACAUACCAUACCGGUACUCAAAAUAAUAAAUUCAUUAUUUUUUUUAAUUAUUUUAAUUCCAGGAAUGGGGAUCUGCUUGUCCUCAUAAUUUUCUUGGUGCAUACCGUCUUGAAUAUGACCAAUCAUGGACACCCAUAACAGAAAUAGAAAACAGAGACCAAGAAAAUGCCCUGAUAGAUAAAAUCUUCACCACCCAGCAGGCCAUCACAAGUAGUUCAUCAACGGCGGAAAUUCUAGGAUUUAAACAGAUUAGCAACAAAACUCUUAUAUCUGAUGUUACAGGGGAGGAAGAUAGUUAACGAUUCAGAAGGGGGAGGGGGCAUAUGUAGAUUAGAUUUCAAAUGCCUAUUGUAUCAACUUUAUGAAUGUUUUGAAUUUGAUCAGGGGUGUUCAUUUUGCAGCUUAAGGAUUAACAACAUUUACAAUUGAAAAGCUGCAACAUGUUGUUGUUGUUUUUUUUAAUUAGAAUGGUUAAUUUUAAUUUUGUCCAGUUUAUUAAUUCAGAAUUAAGCUCAUUCCGCAGAGAAAUAAGGGGAUUUUUAAAAAGUCAUAUGGGGAAAAUCUAUGGACCAUUAUAUACUGAUGUAUUGGUCACACUCCUUUUACGUAAAAUUUCUAUGAAAAUCAGGGGUGGGACCCAUCCAAUUGACAUCAAGUGUGCUGUUAUUCAAUGUGGAGUAGUCAUUUAUAUCAAAAGUUUGGGAAUUGUUUUCCCCCUGCUUAAGCUCGAGCAGAGAGCAACCCAUUCUUUAUUAAUGUUCAUGUAAUUUAUGAUAAUUGCUUUUCAGUUUUACAUGUCGUUAUGGAAAAAAAAUGUUGAUGUCUGUAUAACAAAUAUUACCGUAGUUAUAUUUACAUUUUAAAAGGCCCAUGUAAUUCUCAUAACUAUGGUUGUGACUUAAAUUUUUAAAAAGUCCAUGUAACUCUCAUAACUGAGGGUGCGGCUUAUCCACUGGUGCGACCUAUCCACUGGUGCAAACCAUACAUACUUUUUUGGCAUUCUGCAGAGGGUGGGAAAAUGUUAGCCCAACUAAGAACAAGAAAAACUUUAUCAGCAAUGUACGAAAGUUUUUUAAAAACAAAAAAUUUUUUGAAUUUCAUUUUGUAAUAUUUUAAAUGCAUAAGUUACCUUGAGAUUUGUUGAUGUAGAACUCGACUCAAGGGAUGAAUUUGUCAUUUGGCAUGUCUCGUCCUUCUCCACAUAAUAAUUAUAUUAUUUUCUUGAUUAAUUGACUGCUGAUAUAAGUUAUUUUGACCACAGCGCAGUGUAAAUUUUUGUGUGUGUAUAUUAUAGUUAUAGUAUUGUUAUUUAAGUUUAAGGUUAGGUGUAUUCUAAAUCUGGUUUCUAAAUUUUAAGCUUGACAGAUUUCAUUAUUUAAUACUAAAUUUAAAUCAAAUCAAAUCUCUGUAAAUUCUUGUUUAGCUCAUCAUUAUUAUUUAACUUUUUCAUCUCUUGAAAAUAUAAAAAGCAAAUGGUGGACAGAGCAAUCCAUGCAUUAACUGCUUGUGACCUGAAAUAUUUAUAUUGUAACUGAGGACAUCAAGCCUCUACAAGAGUAGUUCAAAUCCUUGUCUGUAACUUGUAACAGAAAUAAAGCCAGAAAUUGGAUAAGUCUAAAAAAAGUAAUUUUUCAGGAAACGUGUAACAAUAAAGAUUCAUGGGAAGUGACCAAGGGCAAGAAUCUGAUGGAGCUAGAGGAGAACUAAAAAUUAUGUUUUCUGGUGGAUCAGGACAUAUGAAGGUGCCUAUCUACUUUAAAUGUAGCGGCCAUUUAUAAUUUAUAAUGUAUAAAGAGCAAAUUUAGGAGUCUUGCUGCAACAAUACAACAUAAACGGAUGCUUAAGUGGAAAGGAUAAUUCAAGCCUUUUCAUUGACGGGUUACAGUUUUGUACAAUUUUUGGCAUUGUGUAGGCCUAUAUUGGAUUAUGUACCAUAAAUAUAAAUCAUUAUAACUAAUUUAAUUUAAUUUAAUUUGGUGUAAUUUUUUUUUUUUAAAAAGAAAGAACUUUAGAUUUGUACAUAUAUAGACAAAGACAAAUAAAAAGAAU